CGGCAAGCAACCUUCUUGAAUCUUGACCGGCCGGCCCGGCCCUCCCUCUCUCCCUCCCUGCCCUGCGCGUCGCAUUUACACCCACGCCUCCCAAGGCCACCGGUAGCAGCGCGCACAGCCAGCUGCGAGCGGCGAGUUCUUUAAGGAAGCGGCAGGCCGGUGCCUUUGCCUGGCUUGGCUUGGAGUGGAGUGGAGUGGAGUGGAGUGGCUUUGCCUUCUCGGAGAAGACAAGCGAGGCGAGCAUUCUUGUCUCUGUCCCUCCUGCUUUGCUCCUUGUCCUGUUUCUUUCUACUACUAGCAGUAGCCGCCGCCUCUGCCUGGUGUGCGGGAGAAGAGAGCCAGGGGAAAGAGAGAAGGGGGAGUUGGGAGAGAUGAGCGUGACCAAGUUCAUCAAGUGCGUCACGGUGGGCGACGGCGCGGUGGGCAAGACCUGCAUGCUCAUCUGCUACACCAGCAACAAGUUCCCCACGGAUUACAUUCCCACGGUGUUCGACAACUUUAGCGCCAACGUCUCCGUGGAUGGCAACAUCGUCAACCUGGGCCUCUGGGACACCGCUGGGCAAGAGGACUACAGCAGGCUGAGGCCACUGAGCUACAGGGGCGCAGACGUGUUCGUGCUGGCUUUCUCCCUGAUCAGCAGGGCAAGCUAUGAGAAUGUUCUUAAGAAGUGGAUGCCAGAGCUUCGCAGAUUUGCGCCCAAUGUUCCAGUUGUUCUUGUUGGGACCAAGUUAGAUCUCCGUGACCACAGGGCCUACCUUGCUGACCAUCCUGGAGCUUCAACAAUCACGACAGCACAGGGUGAAGAACUGAGGAAGCAGAUUGGUGCUGCAGCUUACAUCGAGUGCAGUUCCAAAACGCAGCAGAAUGUCAAGGCUGUCUUUGAUACCGCCAUCAAAGUGGUCCUUCAACCCCCACGGAGAAGGGAGGCAAUGCCUGCCAGGAGGAAAAGUAGGCGCGGCUCCGGAUGCUCUAUAAUGAACCUGAUGUGUGGAAGCACGUGUGCUGCUUAGACGCUCGAAGGAGAUGAAGCCGCGAUGCAUAUGUGUAUGUGGUGUGAACUUGUGGCAAGUGAAUUUGCUAUAGAAUGGGACAAGCUUUGGAUGAAUGCUCCUUUCAUUUUACUUAGCUCUUCUGUACGCUUUGAUUUUUAGGCUUAGUGCGUCAGGCUUUUCGAGGACUGACUUAACCAGACUGUAGUGUCAUGUAAGAAGUUUGUGUUGGACGAGGAUUGCUGUAAUGUUCUGCAAGAGGGAUGUGGUAUAAGUACUAGUAAGAUACAAGCAAGCUAGAGCGUUUGUUCUGCACCAUGAAUGUUCAUGGCUCUGUUGGCAUUGCUUUGCUACAGAUUCGUA